CCUGAUUUUAUCAUUUACUGAACCUCCCAGUGUUAGAUAUAUAAUAUUCUUCCCCAUCUCAUAAAGUGUAGAAGCAUGCCUGCCACGCUUGGAAGUGUUAUGCCCACUACAGCGAAAAUGCGAUUCUUGACACUUCUUUCCGUCGGCGUCUUGGCGCCCAUCAUCAGUGCUACACCGGUCGCAAAUGACGGGGCUCUCGUCAAAAGAGAAAAUCUAUGCAAUUUGAAAGCUCCUCCUUCUCUCUGCCAGCCGGAUCCAUCUGUCACCGUGGAAGAGACGGCACAGAGAGCCUAUGAUUUCUACCGUGCGUUUGUAGUCGAUGGAGAUCCCAGGAAGAUGUUCUCCUUAAUAGAUUCAACUUAUAAACAACACCACCCGGGUUACGGGUCUGGGCCUAACAACAUCUGGGGCAUCUUCUGCAGUGGGAAUAAACUGGGAAGCGAAACAAACACAGCCUGGUGUUUUGAUGCUAGUACCAACAUGUCAUACGCACAAUACUCAACUACUGACAGAUGGCUUUGGCUUGAUGGUUGCGUUCAUGAACAUUGGGACCAAGGUGAGAGGAUCCCAAAGGAGAAGUGCUAUCAGUUGAAUCCGGGGACCACGUCUUAGUUGUAUCGUCUGUUGAACUUGGAUGCGCGUCAAUAGCUGUUGGUACGGGAAAAGCUCAGAGAGGACAUUGACAGCGACUCAGUUUCUUCCCUAGAAAAACAAGUUUCUCCCAAAAUAGUAUAUACAGGAUCUUUGCCACCGAUUUUUGACUUAUU